CAAGGACCAUCGCACGCAAAUUUUUUAGAGACGAAAUUCAUCGGCCGACCGUACUGUCGGUGUAUUGUAUCGGAGACACUGAUUCCGCAUUUCCUGACUCAAGUUAUAGAAUUAGCUGGUUACCGAAUGCAGGCCAUUGUCGGGGCUCUCGAACACUGAAAUACCCGUCUGCAAGGUCCGCUUUGAAACAAUCCUCUGGAUCUGAGCUAAAUUGGACUGUGCAGCUCUCACCCAGUGGAUUUUUUUAGAUCGGAAGCGUGCACUUAAGCAGUUUAUUGCUAUCGAUCGAGUAGGAACCAAACCAGAAUCAACUAUAUCGGGACGAGUAAGCAUUUUGCAACUCUGGCGUAAAUCCCGCGGCACUUGAAUGCAGCAGAAUCCCUGAGGAAUUGAUCCGAGCUGAAUUGGGUCAUGCCGCAUCCAGCAAGCGGAAUUCCUGAAAUCGGAACCGGGCUACAGAGUAAUUUUCUUCGAUCGCUCGAGUAGCCAACAAGCCAGCAGAAUCUUAGAUCUGGGGAUUGAUGCGUGUUGCAAUUCUCUCACGAAUCCCUCCGCACUCGAAUGCUGCCGAAUCUUUCCCUGGUGGGGUGCAGUGGUGAAACUCGAUCGAGAACUUAGAAGAAUCGAAUGGACCACAAAAGAGGACAUGGUUCUCUGGAUCAAUCAAACGAGCAGUCCAGUCGAGUGAAGAGACACAAAGAUUACAGCUAUCAGCAACCGACCCACACGCCCCAAAACACACGCAGCAGCAGGCUUCAGUCAGAAGAAGCGAGGGAAGCGAGGGAAGCGAGGAGCUCCCGAGUGGAAUUGGCUAGCGUGGAGCAACUUCGGUCCAUAGCCGAGAAGUCGGCGAAGUCCGUCAACAAUCUGGGAGGAUCGUCCGACAAGCAGUCUACAGAAAACUCGGUCGAACAGAUCGCUUAUGAAGAGUACAUUCCCGUUCUUCUUUCAGAGCUAGCGAGCGCGAAAUCUGCAGCCAGGUCCAAAUGGCCUCUUGUUUUGACCGAUAGGAGGGUGAAGAAAUAUUGUCACAUCUGUCCCGGGGACAAACACUUCAGGGGAUGGGAAGCUCUCCUAAUUCACGCUGCGAAGUUCCAAAAGGAGAAGACACGGAAGCAUCGAGGCUACUACCGAGCGAUUCGAGACGCCCUUCUGCAGUCCACCGAUGACCAGAUCCCUUUACCAGACAUUCGCCAGGGUCCGACAUCUCCCCUGGCCAGGCUCAAGAGGUCCUCCAAAGGACGCUGGGCACCGCCGGUCGUCAUCGUGGACGACAAGGAGGAUGAAGGAGGGGAGGAAGAGGCGGAGGACGAGGAGGUCGCGCCUCGGGAAAAGAAUGGCAAAGAUCGAGAUCGAGGUGGUAGAGCUAAAGGAUGUCCCAUUCGACCGUCAAAAGAUCCGCAGCUGGAAGAGGUGCUUGCAGUUUACAGCACUGGUCGCAACCAUCAGAAGAAGAAGGUGGUGGUCAUUCCCGCUUCCCAAGUGGGGUUCAUCGAAGCAGGGCUUCUGAAGAAAUCGUCGUGCGGUCGAAGGAGCACACAAUCAGCAGAGCACGAUGCUAUUUCCGAUAUCAUGGAAGGGCGAUGGCCCGGGGCCAAGAUCAAGAAGUACACCGGAGCUGAUCACGGCACGUGCAGUGUGGCUUCUUCCACGAGCACAGCUCUGUGCACGACCGACGGAAAUCGGGCGCUGCAGCUCGGACGUCCAACUUCGCCUAAAGAUCGGAUGCAAACACUCCUCUCAGACAGCGAGCAGGACAAAUUGGAGGGCGAGGAGCUCAGAUUGAAGAAACCAUUAGAGCAGAAUCGUCAUAUCUUUGAUGAGCAGCAGUUUGACGAUAAGGUACAAAUUUUAGUCAGCAGAUGGAGGGGUGGAUUCAAGGACUCCAAAGUCCGCAAAGACGAUGACCGGUAUCUAGAAUUCGCUGAUGCGAGACCCUUGCUGCCCGCUAAAAGAUUGCCCAAAUCGGCUAUUGAGAAAAACGAGAGAUUCAAGGACGAUGUAGAAAAAUAUGCAUUAUUGAAUCCAUCCUGCAGAAAGCAAGUGAGCAGGCAGAUCACCGUCCUCGAGGACGAACUUCGAAGAGACAAGCUUGUCUGGCUUCAGGAGGUAGAGGCCGUCCGAGAACAGUUCCAGGCUCUUGCAGAUUCUGUUCAUGAUGAGCAAGUUGAUAGAGAUGGAGCAACAAUGCGCAUCGAGAAACAUCUGGAUACAAGAACCAAGAACAUGAAGGAAAGGAUAUAUGACAAGAGGAACUUUUUUAUGGCGAGGAAAAUCCAGUGCAUGCACAACGUAAAGAGGAUCAGACGCGAACAAGACAUGCAAGGGUUGAUGGACCUUUGGCGUGAGGAGCAGCGAACCUUCGAAAAUGAGUGUCAGAGCGCUAAGAAAGAGAAGGAGAAGUUAAUCGGCCUCCACGAGAAGAUUCAUUUGAAGGCUAAAGAAUCUAAGAGAAAGCAGUGUCCCAUCUGUCUGGAGAAGUGGGACUCGAUCAAAGAGCUCCGGAGCUUUCUGGAUACAUCGAGGACUUGCAAGUGAACCAGCAGUCACGGCUCUGGAAUUUUGGAGAGCGGAUCACAAUUUCGGGAAUUCGACACACUGAGGAGACCCGGCAAAUCUCAAACCUGUGUCUGAUAGAAAGCAUUUGAGCUUUGAAAUUAGGAUGCGAGAGAGGGGUUGUAUGAAACGGGUAUCAAGGACCCACGCUUUCGAGAGAAUCUGGGAUUCAACACCUCUUGGCUCGUUCGGGAGGUACCAUCAGAUCCAAAUUCGAUCUGAAUCUGGGACGCACUUUUGGAUUAUGUAAAGUGAUAUUUAGACUGAUGUUUACUAUCCAUCACUAUUUUGAUCCACUUCCUUUCCACGAGUGCUACUUUCCCAUGUUUCUUCGUAUCAGUGUUGAUUGUUCCUGCAAUAACGAGGGAAUUUUCGAAACGAAAAGAAAAAACAAAACAAAACAUAACAUAACGAGCACGGGGAGACCCGGCAAUGCUUUGUAGCAACUAAUUGAUAUAUAUUUCUAUAUAAUAUAUAACACUCAUGGAUGAA